AUGAGCUUGCUGCCGACCAUUACGGAUGAAGACAACGUCGAAAUCUUCGAGGAGGACGAUGAUGGCGAAGAUGACUUGAUGUUGGGACCCGCCAGUGAUGAAGAGGAGGAGGAAGAGGCGGACGGAGAGACUCCCAAGAAGGGAAAGAAGAAGGCGAAGAAGACCAGCAAGCUCGAGUUCGACUUCUCCGGCGACACCAGAGAGGGCGAGCGGCCGUGGGACUUCUCAUGGGCGCUGCAGAACACACUCGAGAAGAACUACGACGAGCAAACGUCGAUCGACUACAAGAUCAGGAAGCAGCUGGAGAGUAGGCGAAAGCGAGGUGUUGUGGACGACGACAUCGACGACGAGGACGUGGAAGACGAGCAGGAGGGAGUAGAGCAGCCCAAGAAAAAGAAGAACAAGAAGAACAAGAAGAAGGCGGCCAAGGAAGCCGAAAAGGAGGAGGCUGAAGAGGAUGAAGAAGAUCAAGAAGACGAGAACGAGGAUCAGAUCAAGCAGGUGACGCACAAGCCGACCAAGAAGCAAAUCAAGGAGGCAUUCUUCGAGAAGUCUGAGACCGAGGGUUACCAAGCCGAGAGCUUCCUGGAUCUUCACUUGUCUCGUGCCUUGUUGAAGGCCGUGGCCAAUCUCGGCUACGACCGACCCACUCCCGUGCAGUCGCAGGCGAUCCCCAUCGCGCUGCAGGGCAAGGACGUGUGCGCCAGCGCCACCACCGGCUCCGGUAAGACCGCCUCGUUCGUGCUGCCCAUCCUCGAGCGCCUCAUCCACAGGGACAAGCGCAUCAUGGCCACGCGAGUCGUCAUCCUGACGCCCACGCGCGAGUUGGCGAUUCAGUGUCACUCCGUGAUCGAGAAGCUGGCCAAGUUCACCGACAUCACGGCCUGUCUGGUCGUGGGCGGUCUGUCGAACAAGGUGCAGGAGGCCGCGCUCCGCAGGCACCCCGACAUCGUGGUGGCCACGCCCGGUCGUAUUAUCGAUCAUUUGAGGAAUGCGCAGUCGUUCACCCUGGAGACGGUCGACAUUCUCGUGCUCGACGAAGCCGAUCGACUGCUGUCGCUCGGAUUCGCCGACGAGCUGGAGCAGAUCAUCAAGUUCUGCCCCCCUAACCGUCAGACCCUUCUCUUCUCCGCCACCAUGACCGAAGAGGUGGACCGUCUGGCCUCGCUUUCGCUGAACCGGCCGGUGCGUGUGCGUCUGGACCCGAACAUGCGGGUGGCCAGCGGCAUUCAGCAGGAGUUCAUCAAGAUCAAGGAGGCUCGCGAAUUCGACCGCGACGCCAUGCUCCUCGCGCUCUGCACGCGUUCGUUCAAGAAGCGGGUGCUGAUCUUCUUCCGCGCCAAGAAGGAGGCCCACAGGCUCAAGGUGAUCUUCGGUCUCGCCGGACUCAAGGCCGCCGAGUUGCACGGCAAUCUUUCCCAGAAUCAGCGUCUUGAGGCGUUGGAGAAGUUCAGGGACGGCAACUUCGACUACCUGUUGGCCACAGACCUCGCCGCCCGUGGUCUCGACAUCCUGGGUAUCGAAACGAUUAUCAACUACAACAUGGCCCGCACCGUUGAGUCGUACAUCCACCGCGUGGGCCGAACUGCCCGUUGGGGCCACUCCGGCAAGUCGGUCACGUUCAUCAGCGAGCAGGACAGGAAGGUGUUCAAGGAGAUCAUGAAGAGCACCAACCAGAAGGUCUCCAACCGCGUCAUUCCGCCCAAGAUCAUCGAUCAGUGGCGAGAGAAGAUCGACAGCAUGAAGGGCGACAUCAGCCAGAUCUUCGCCAUGGAGUACGAGGAGAAGCAGCUGCGUUUGACGCAGAUGGAGGCCAGCAAGACGCAGAACAUGAUCGAGCACCACGACGAGAUCAUGUCCCGUCCCCCGCGCACCUGGUUCCAAACCAAGGAGCAGCGAGACCUCGCCAAGGGUUCGUUUCUCCCCCUUUCCCUGUCCUCCCGCGCCAAGCAGGCCAUCUCCGCGCGCCAGGCCAAGAAGGCCGACCGCGACCGUCGCAGCGGCAAGUUCGUGCCGCCGCCCGAGAACGCCGGCAAGCGCGGCAAGAAGCGCGCGCGAAGCGACGACGGCGGCGCGCCCGCGGGCGGCGGCGGCGGUGGUGGUUCGCGCUUCGAGGCGGACAUGACGCAGCCCAAGAAGAAGCAGAAGGCGGCAGGGUCGGCCUUCGACGGCGAGAAGGGCGGCAAGGGCGGCAAGAGCGGGGCCGCCGACGGCGAGAAGAAGCAUCUGGGCAAGAAGCGCGGCAACAAGGCCUUCAAGUCCAAGAAGAGGUUCCAGCGGAGGAAGUGA